UUGCUUCUAACACGACCGUUUCCCGUUCGGCACGGCGGGUGGCAUGCCAUGCCUCAAGUGCUGGGGAGGGAGUGGACGGAGGAGGAGGAGUCGAGCGGAGAGGAGCGCGCAGAAGUUCGAGAAGCACAGCGGGAGGUGGCGACCUACGUGGCGCGAAUGGAGGUCUUGAGGCCCGAAGUGAUGAGAGUGACUCGGGCCCACAAAGCCCUCGGGCGCUGUGGAAGAGCACUGCGAUCAUGGACUGAUGAUAAUUACUUUUUUGGAGAGAGUUUUGCGAGUGCAAAGAUAUCCUGCUUUUGGUCUCAUUCCUGGCAUGGCCGGCGCUGGAUGAAGAUUUUCUCCCUCAUGCUGCGCUAUAAUGGGCUACCAUCAGCCAUCAUAGGUUCUUUCACUGCCUUGACCAUGAUCGUUUUGUUCAGCUGCGGCCUCUUGCCUGGCUUGAGUCGCCUGGAUGACAAUGAUCCGCGGUGGUCAACCUGGUCACUAGCAGGUGGCUUUGCAGGAGCAGUGAUUACAUUUUUUCUUUGGCGGCCACGGCAACUGGUCUUUCUUGACCGGGUUUGCAUCAGUGCGAACAAUGUUGGCUUGAAGGCAGCCAGCAUUUUUAGUUUGGCAGGCAUCUUGAAAAAGUCAGACCAAAUGCUCGUGCUGUGGGACCCAACGUGGAGCGAUCGCUUGUGGUGUGUAUUCGAGCUAGCUGCCUUUCUGAAGAGCAAAGCGACCAGUGAACAGGUCAUCAUCAUCUUACCCACAUUCCUUGGGCCAUGCUCGAUCGGCCUUUUCAUCGGUGUGUUCCUGGUGAUGCUGCCUGCUACCACGGUGCCAAUGCGAGAGCACACGAGCUGGGGAAGGUAUUUUAUUCUUGUCCCACUUUCAGGUACCUUUCUCCUCCUUUUCAUCAGUGGCUAUGUCAUAGCAGCUGCCUUUAGGGCAUACUUCCGCUCCGUGGAGAAAUUGAAAAAGGACUUGAGCGAGAUCAGCUUUGACGAGACCAGAUGCUCUUGUUGCGACUGCGGCCAUGUGCAAAGAGGAGCUCACAUGAUGUGCGACAGAGAAAUUGUGAAGGAAUGUGUGUCCAUUUGGUUUGGCAGUGAAGAGGCCUUUGAAGACUACGUUCGGUCGGAGGUCUUGGUGACGAUAGUUGCAGGACUGCAUGACCGCACCUUUACGCGAGGGUGGAGCCUUUCCGUGGCAAGUCCCAUACUUUGGGCUUUCCUUGAUAUAGCGGCCUCUCACGCAGGAUAUGAUAACGCAUCACUAGACCUGGCGAUUGCUGAGGGAAGGGAGGGCAUGGUUCUUUGGUUCUGUUGCGCUCCCAUGUUCGUUGAUAUUUGCAUUUUUUUUGCCUGCAGGUAUUGCCAAGAAGGGAAUUCCACCUGCCACGAGAUUUUGAAGAACCUCCAACUGGAAAUGGUUGCAGUUGUUGUCUUCAGUGUGAUGGCUGCCACGUUUGUGUAUAGCCAUGCAUACAGUGGGCCCGAGCGUUUGCAUAGUGCUGCGCAGUUUGUUGGAGGGUGGAGCAUAAUGGCGCUGUUUCAUGUCUUUUUCAGAGUUUCACGACAGUCAGGUGCCUGUCACCUUUUUCGGCUUCGAUCCGGCUGAGCCUCUUAGGCUAGUUUGGAGGAGUGCGGGGCACACUUGUGCUGCUUCAUUCUUUCAACAAAUUUCAAGACAGUUUCAACAUGUUUCACCAUGUUUCACCACUUCGGCCUCGAUCUCAUGACUAAAACAUUGGAGCUGUGUCUUCAGUUGCACAUACAGACGAGGAAAA